CUGGUCCUAGGUUAGAUUGCCCAAUUUUGUCUCUCUCUAAAACUGUGUGAGAAAAAUGUGUCUGCCUUGUUGAGACCUACCCACAGUACAUCCAUGAAUUAUAGAAUAGAAAGAAAGAGGGAAAAUAGUUUCUUGAAACUGAGGCUUUUUACACUGUUGUUACAACUCUGUUGGAAUGAUAGUUAUAGCAUUAAUUUACUAUGACUUCACAAAAGACUGGACAAUGAGACACUAAAACCUUAUACUGCUGCCAUGAUUAUAUAGCAAUAGAAGGAAAUUGUAAUGGAUAUUCCUCUUAUGACUUACAUGAAUAAUUUCUCCAGACUUCCUCACACUUAUUAACUUUUACAAUUUUAAGGACAUAGAGGAGUUCUUUUUGUCCCUUACUUUCCAAGUCUGACAGCUUAAGCACAGACACAGGCUUUCCUUGUAUUUCUCCUCAUAUUGCACCUCAAGCAGUUAGAGGGUAAAUGAGCAUAAUGCAACUUUCUGCAACCAUGGCUGACGCUUCUCUGUCAUUUCUGACCUCAUCUGUGCUGAAGUGGAAUAUAUGGCAAAUCCCAAACAUGCCAGAUGGAAGAAAAUCAAUCACUUUAGUAAAUGUGUGUUGAAGAAAACCACACUUAUUGGUUCUUUCAAUGAUAUCUCUGUAAAAGUACAAGUCAAAUGGGUGUACAUAUGUAAAAUAUAUUAGAAUUGCAGAAAAGGGAUUUUAUGAAGCUCUUUUAGAAAGAUCUGGGACAGAUGUGUUAGAUACAUUGCCAGAGGAAUGCAAUAUUUUCAUGGAUUACCUACCUUACAGAAAGUAACUGUCAUAACACAUCAAAGUGCCAGUAAGUUAGCAAAUUCAUGUAAGCAGUUAGCUGUAUUAUAGAAAAAUAUCAUUUCUCAGAAGGACAUAUCUUUGAGUACCUUCUUCUUUCCUGCUAGGUCGUCUCCUAACAUUGAUGGCAAGUUUAGGCUCCUUUUUAUUCUUACUGAUCAAAAAUAAUGUGUAUUUGCAUCUUCUAUCUUUUCAUUGCCAGCCAUUCCCAAUACUGUAGAGGUUCCCCAUGCACUGCUGAGCAACCUGAACUCUGAAUUAAAGGUUUUUGAGCAGCUAGUGAAUAAUAGUGUGUAAGCAAUUCUUGUUGUUUGCUGAUGAAACAACACACUUCGAAUGUUUUUUCCCCCUUCCAAGCUCAAACAUGUACAUAUUUUAAAUAUGAAUAUGGGGUUUUUUUUCCAGAGGAAGUCAUAUAUUGUAUGCAGUAAAAAGUAGGCUUUUUGAAAGAGGAAGCUGGAGAAGCAAAGGACUUGCUGUUAUAAAGUUUCAAAGGUUUAAUGCAUUUGAAAUGUGUUUCUUUAGACUGAUACAAACACAUACAGAUAUUCUCAGUCUGCUUCAAAUUCUGCUGCCAUUAAAUAAAGUUUAAACCCGUUCUUAAGUGACUUGAUCUAAAUGGCAAUUGUCCAAGUUUCACUUUUUUUUUUCCCUCUUGUAUUUCAAGUCUAAGAGAGGUGGGUUCAGUUCACACAUUGUUUUGUGAAACCUUGAAGUUGCUCAAGGCCAGUAACUUUUCCUAUUUGCUUUUCCACAUUUAGUGCCUCAUCACUGUAAAGCAACUUCCAGUCCCCAGGCUCCUGCUGUUGGUUUGAGAUUUUACUUGUGUUUAGAUUGAGCAUAACAGUAUGUACCUGUGCUGCUGAAGCUUGAGUGCUCUGCACACUGGAUCGCAAUUGCAGUUGCGGAUAUAUGAACAAAUCAAAACACAAGUGUUCAAUGAUAAUAGGAUUAGCACUGGGAGAUUUAAUUCCUUUAUCUCUCCGACCAAUAAAACACAAAUUGUUUUAGUGCUGGCUGGCAUUUUCCAUUCAAAAUAUGUUUCUACAGAGACUCUGGAAAACUACUAUGUGAGUGUAAAUGAGAUUAAGCUGAUGCUGUGGCUCUUUAUUAUCUGAGCUUUUAAGAUUAGACACAUGAAUCAGUCCUUCUGUAAGUAAGUGUGAAUAGAAAAAGUAUUGUAAGAAAGCCAGACAUUUGAGGAAAAAUACCUGAAUAGGUUUGGUAGCAGUUUAUGACUGAAGGAAAUGAUACAGACUUUGUGAUGGAAAAGCCAGUUCACCUCUGUUAAAUUGGCUUUAUCUAUGGUAGUUUGCUGUUAUAACGCACACAAAAUAGAUCUGGGGUUUCCACCCCCUCCCAAGGUAUAAAUAGCUAUUUCCAUAUUGAAGAUUUUGUUUUAUCUUUAUUCUGUGCAUUCUCUGAAGAUAGUGCUGAUAUCAAAGACUGAACAUGCAAUGCACUGAGUAUUGUUUGCUGCUUUAAAUCUCUGCUAGCAAGACAUGAAGUGAAUUUACUACCAGAAUGGAAUUGGGGUUUAUUUCUUGUCAUGCAUUUGUCUUUCAGCCUGACAUCCCUGCUGUGAAUGGCUUUGUCUGUGGACUCUGCUUUGUACCGCUGGCAGCGACUAGGAGCUCAGAGUUCCUCCCAGACUCCCUCAGAAUCAACACCACUGCUGUCUUCUGUCAGAGACAAACCAAAACUCAACUUAAGCAAAUGGAGGAUUGUGUUACCUGACAAUGAAAGAGAGUGGAAAGACUGGAAACAAGCUUCUUCAUUUUAUUCUGGAAACAGGAUACAGACCACAAAAUACACAUGGUUCACUUUUUUGCCCAAAAAUCUUUUUGAGCAGCUUCACAGGCUGGGUAAUCUUUAUUUCUUCUUUCUGGUGGUCUUGAACUGGUUCCCACAAGUAGAAGUCUUCCAUAGGGAGAUUACCAUGGUGCCUCUGAUUGUAGUGCUGCUUGCCAGUAUGAUUAAAGAUGCUGUAGAAGACUACAGAAAAUACCAAUUUGAUAAGACAAUAAACUCCUCUAAAACCAGGGUAUAUGACAAGGAAGAACAUGCUUAUGUUGAGAAAUGCUGGAAGGAUGUCCGAGUGGGGGACUUUGUGCAGCUGCGGUGUAACGAGACCAUCCCAGCUGAUAUCCUACUGCUGUACUCCUCUGAUCAGAAUGGGAUCUGUCACUUGGAAACUGCCAACCUCGACGGGGAGACCAACCUUAAACAACGACAAGUUGUGAUGGGCUUCUCCAGCCAGAAUGCUUUGUUUGAACCCGAACUUUUCCAAAACACCAUCAUCUGUGAAAUGCCUAACAAUGAUCUCAAUAAAUUCAAAGGGUACAUGGAACAACCAAAUCAUGAACGGGUUGGUUUUAACAUUGAAAGUCUCUUGCUUCGUGGAUGUACAAUCAGAAAUACUGAGGCUGCAGUAGGAAUUGUUAUAUAUGCAGGUCAUGAAACUAAGGCCAUGCUAAAUAACAGCGGUCCUCGUUACAAGCGCAGCAAGAUAGAGCGACAGAUGAAUAUGGAUAUUUUCUUAUGUGUGGGACUCCUGUUUGUGAUGUGUCUUGUUGGAGCUGUAGGUCAUGGCAUUUGGACUAGAAGCUUCUCAGAGCAUCCACCUUAUGAUGUCCCGGAUGAGAAUGGCAAUUUUUUGUCUCCAUUUCUUGCCGGUUUCUACAUGUUCUUGACAAUGAUAAUCCUGUUGCAGGUUUUAAUCCCCAUUUCUCUUUACGUGUCCAUCGAGUUAGUCAAGUUGGGCCAAGUUUUCUUAAUUCACAAUGACAUUGACCUGUAUGACGAAGAAACAGAUUUGCCCAUACAGUGCCGUGCCCUAAAUAUUCCUGAAGAUCUUGGACAAAUCCAGUAUAUCUUCUCAGACAAAACUGGGACGCUAACAGAAAACAAAAUGGUAUUCCGACGCUGUACUGUUGAUGGAAUUGAAUUUUCACAUCAGGAAAAUGCCAAGCGCCUGGAAACCCACAAAGAGUUGGAUUUAGAUAAUGAGGACUUUGCAAAACUUCAGCACCUCACUCUUCCUCCAAUUAAUAUUGAGACACCAGGCACUUUUAAGCAGAGGACCACAAGACCUCUAAGGAGGUGCCAGAGUGCUAGGGCUCAUUUUCAGGGUCAUACAAGGAACAGGUCGCUGGGUCGUCGUGACAGCAACCAGUCUCAAGUGGCAUUCAGCAGUCCCAUUGAAAAGGAUGUGACUCCUGACAGCAGGCUGCUGAGGCGAGUGAGAGAAGCUGCGCUCCAGACUGAAAACCUUUCUCCUUUUAUACAUAUGAAGACUUCCACAUCCCUUACUGACUUUUUUCUUGCCCUUGCCAUCUGCAAUACAGUCCUGGUCUCCACAGCUACUGAGCCAAGACAAAGGGUCACGGUACCACCGCCAAUAAAACCAUCAGGAAUCACUCUGGAGAAGAUUCACCAGAUAUUUCAGAGGCUAAAAUUAGCAAGCCUUAGUCAGUCUUUUUCAUCAUCUCAGUCUAGCUCAGACCUAGGUGCUAGCUUAAGUGCAAGAAACACAGAGGAGCAGCUUGCUGCACUGGAUUGCUGUGACAAUGACAACGACUGCUGUGCCAGCCGUAGAGACGAUGGACUCCAGGGCAAGGACAGCGCCGAUAUUGGUAGUGCUUCCUUGGAUGAAGUUUUCAAAUCUGUGACUAACAGUUCUUUGCCAACAGACUUUUGUUAUGAGGCUGAGAGCCCAGAUGAGGCAGCGCUUGUCUAUGCUGCCCAGGCAUACAGCUUUACUUUAGUGUCCCGAACUCCUGAGCAGGUGACCGUAAGGUUGCCACAGGGCACGCUCCUGACUUUUGAUAUUCUCUACACUUUGGGAUUUGACUCAGUAAGGAAAAGGAUGUCCGUAGUGGUGAGACACCCUCUAACCAAAGAGAUUGUUGUCUACACAAAAGGAGCUGACUCAGUUAUAAUGGACUUGCUGGAAGACUCUGCCAAAGAUGACAUUAGCACAGAGAAGAGAAUGAAAAGAAUAAAAGAAAAAACACAGAAGCAUCUGGACUACUAUGCCCGUGAUGGCCUACGAACUCUGUGCAUAGCUAAGAAGGUCUUGAAUGAAGAUGACUUUCAGAAAUGGGCCAAUUUUCGUCGGGAGGCAGAAGCUGCAAUUGACAACAGAGAUGAGUUGUUAAUGGAGACAGCACAGCAUCUGGAGACCAAACUCACCUUGCUGGGAGCAACAGGGAUUGAGGAUCGGCUGCAAGAUGGAGUGCCUGACACUAUUGCAGCUCUUCGAGAAGCCGGGAUACAAAUCUGGGUGCUGACAGGAGACAAACAGGAAACAGCAGUUAACAUUGCAUAUUCCUGUAAACUCUUAAACCAAAGAGACACUGUCUUCACCAUUAACACUGAAAGUAAGGAAACCUGUGAAUCUCUCUUGAAUUUAACCUUGGAAGAGGUGAGGAAGAACUAUGAGGUAGAAAAACCACGGAGGAAAUUUUUUGGCAUUAUCCCAGCAUCUUUUGCAGCCUCUGAGGCCCCAAGCCCUGAGUUUGGGCUGGUGGUUGAUGGGCGGACACUGAGCGUCAUCUUCCAGGGGGGCCUGGAGGAGAAGUUCCUGACCCUGACGAAGCACUGCCACUCAGUGCUGUGUUGCCGUUCCACACCUCUUCAGAAGAGCAUGGUGGUCAAGCUCGUCCGGAGGCAGCUUAACGUGAUGACCCUGUCGAUAGGUGAUGGUGCAAAUGAUGUAAGUAUGAUUCAAGCAGCUGAUAUUGGAAUUGGGAUAUCUGGCCAAGAAGGCAUGCAGGCAGUCAUGGCUAGCGACUUUGCAAUAUCCCGAUUUAAGCACCUCAAAAAACUGCUUCUCGUCCACGGACAUUGGUGUUAUGCUCGCCUGGCAAAGAUGGUGAUUUACUUUUUCUACAAAAACGUGAGCUAUGUCAACCUGCUCUUCUGGUACCAGUUCUUCUGUGGGUUCUCAGGCAGCACAAUGAUAGAUUACUGGCAGAUGAUUUUUUUCAAUCUCUUCUUCACCUCAAUGCCCCCUCUUCUCUUUGGAGUCCUGGAUAGAGAUGUUUCUGCAGAAACACUUCUAAGUUUGCCAGAGUUGUAUAAGAAUGGACAAAAUUCAGAGAUAUACAACCUAUCAACUUUUAUUAUUACAAUGUUGGAUGCCUUCUAUCAGAGCCUCAUUUGCUUCUUUGUCCCUUACUUGACCUAUGAGGACUCUGACAUAGACGUGUUUUCCUUUGGAAACCCUAUGAAUACCGUCUCCCUCCUGACCAUUCUCUUGCACCAGGCUCUAGAAAUGAAAACAUGGACCCUGUUCCACUUGGUAACGAUGAUUGGCAGUGUGGCGUUUUACCUGGUCUUCUCUGUGAUCUACAAUGCCUCCUGUGUGCUCUGCAACCCUCCUACCAAUCCCUACUGGAUUAUGGAGAAACAGCUUUCAGACCCCACCUUCUAUUUGCUGUGUCUUAUUACCCCCGUCAUCGCACUCUUGCCAAGGUUCUUUAUUUUUGCUCUGCGAGGAACCAUUGGAACACCUCUGAUUCUGAAGGCACAGCAACUCGACAAACUUCCUAAAGGGCAACAGGAUCUUGAAAUCCAGAAAUUGAGAUCAAGAAAACAACCUACUUCUGGUACACCUGUGACAUCACCUACAUCUAAUUAUGAUCUUGACCAAAACAUCAGCCACUUAUGUGAGUCACCAUUUUUACAUCCAGAAGCAGCAGCGGUGUCUCACAGGGACGCAGAAAGUCAGAGGCUGUCAACCUCCAACGUGAAUCAUCUCAGGAAACAGACUCCUGAAGAAGGCUACUAUUUCUUUAAUAGGUGGGCAGAGGAAGAAUCUACUGCUACAGACCCUUCAGCAGGACCUUUCUCUGGCCACUACCCCCUUGUACCCAGCAGGAUAACAACUCCUGGACAGGACAGUGACAAACUGACUAAAGGUAAUGAGAACAGUUUUAACCAUGGAAGUCAUCGGCGAUCUGUUAGUGCAGUGACACUCUGAAGAAACAUUCAGAAAUGGGAUACACAGUCCACGUGGAGAAGGAUACUAUAAGAAAAAUAAAAAGUCUAUUUAUACUUAACCAUGAUGCUCGCUACAAAAGGAGACAUGAGGAGUAGUACAAUAACAUCUCUAAUAUGUGACUUUUCCUAAGCGUGCAUGUAGUUUGUCAUUACAUGACUUGGUCUUCCUGGUUUUGUCUCAUUAGAGGAAUGUCAAAUGAGCAUCACACAGUUUCUGAGAAAUGCACAAUUACUUUAUUUCAUCAAGGGAUAUUUUUUCUUUUACAGUAAUUGGGAGUAAUUGUACUAGUAAUGUUUCAAUGUUAUUAUGCUAUUGAGGUAAUAGAAAGAGAAUCCAUUCUAUAUUAAGUCUUAGAGCAACACAUCCCACUCUAGCUUUUACUAUCAAAAUCUUAAAAAGACCUUACUAACUUAAAAAUUACAGUUCUGCCUGGAAAAUAUGUUACCUCUUGGACUAAAGGUAUUUGCAGAAUAGCAGCAUUGGAAAGAGAUGACAGAAUGUUCCAGGUUUUAAUAUAUGGAAUUCAUCAGUAUAACAAUAUCAAGUUUAUAGUCUGUUUCCCCGAACAGUAAGCUCACUAUUUUUAUGCAGCCAGUGUUUUGACCCGAUACUGUUAAGAAAAGAACAAAAGAAUUUAUGAAGUAGAAAAAUGCAAAUACUGAACUACAAGAACUGAGAGAAUAACUCAGGGACAAGUGGAGUCUACUUCAUACCUACAGAAGGAGAUAGAUUUAACAAGUCAAAUUCAAGGACAUGCGUUCUAGAAUUCUAAAGUUGUCCCUGCUUUUUCAUCUAGAAAUUCAGUUUCUUCCUUACAUUCUCUAUAUUAUUACAUAGUGUUGCUGCAUUCAACCAAGUAUAAAUUAUGUUCCUCCCCACAGUUGUUUACAUUUAGUAGUUGAUGGAGAUCCAAUAAUGAAGAUUUUUACAAGCAAUAUAUGAAGGUCACUAAUCACAUUGCAGUAAGUAAAUAGUGUAUAAUGACCAAAAUAUGCAUAAUACAUUCAUCCCUUUCAGUAUCUCAGAGCAGCGAGAUGGAGGGGGGAAGAAAAUGUCACCAUCAUCACUAUGUAUUGCAAUGCAAUGAAAGGUGACUGGUAUUUCUUAUAGAAAUGUUGACUACUAAGCCCAUUUCCCAAGUUUUUCUUCACAAUGUGGGGUGAAAUCUGAACUUUUUAAAAUUCAAGGCAACUGUGCUUUUGUGAAUCUACCGCUGCUUCUGACUUAAGUAGGUUUUAAGCCUUUUUUUAUACAUGCCAUAUUAAUUUGGCUAUUUACCCUCACAAUGUGUGAUCUGUUUCAUAACCUUAUAUUUAGAAAAUACUAAUUUAACUUCUGUGUGUUAUAAUAAUUGCUGUAACUAAAGUCUUCAAGAUGUUACUUUAAAGCAACUCAGGCAAAAUUGAGUAGCAUAUCUGCCACUGGGAUUUCUGGUAGCCAGAGCAAGAGCAUACGUAGAGCUGUAAUUGCUAAAGUAUUAACUGUCAGCUGUAAAACAAUUCAGAAAGAGAUAUUUUUGCAUGAUGUACAAAAUGAAGGGAAUUAGGCAUAGCUGAGAUUAUUGUUAAUGGAGUGUGAGAUUGCUCAAAUGUUUGCUCACUAGCUGGGAAUGGACCUUGGGUGACAAGACUUAAGAUGAAACCUUCACAAUUCACAACCAUGUUCUUACAUUACGUGGUCCAUUUCUAUUGAGCUUAAAGAAGAUACAAUUUUCUUAUGCAUUUUAUUACAAAAUGUGAAGUGUUUUUGUAAUAAUAAAUGUAAUAUGGUCAUGA